UUGAAUCAAUGUGGAGUCGUCCACUGUUAACGUCAUUCCGCGUGGGAAAGAUUGCCAUUCGCCAACCAGAGCUCGUCGCAAACCAACGACUCCAGAUAAAAAACAAAAAAAAACAAGGAACCGAGUACGAAGCUUCGUAUCUACUGGGUACUAGGUAGUUGAUAGCGGGAUCGAGCUAACACUUUCUUUUCUUUUUCUUUUUCUCCCUUCAGCUGUUUUCCACAGUUUAGCAAUGGCGGAUUUUACUUGGAUUUGAACAUCUUCUAUGUGAAUGUAUUCAAUCUCAAUGUUUGUACUACUAGUACUAUAGCAAGAUACAAUCAUUUGUAGCUCUUUGUCCUUCCGUGCCCCACCAUUCGCUCGUUGAUUCGAAUCAACCUACACUUUCCUGUGGCUGCCUCCGGAAGUUAGGUAUCAACGACUGAGACUACUAGAUAUAUCGAGAGUAUCAAUCGCGGCUGCUUGGUCACUUAAGGCAAGCAUGGGAAGGUUUCAAUGGAGGCAGUUACUUGGAUGGGAUCGCCAUCCCACUCAUAAUCAUCACGACUGGUCAAUCCAUGAAUACCGCCGCCGACUCCUCCCUGUCCACCAAAACGAGUCGCUCGAAUCUGCCAUUCCCGCUCCUGACGUCACCAAAGUCGCUCUUCGUCUACGAUACUUGAUCGAACAAUGUGUGCCGUGCGAGCUCGAAGAAGAGCAGAUCACCAAGUCCCAUAGCCGGGUUAUCACUAAAAAUGUUAUCAAGGCAGCGAAGGAGGCCGGUGGUCCCGAGCAUCAAUCAUGUGUUGUUUUCUGUCUGCUAGUCGUCAAACGCUGGUUUAAGCAUCAAGCUAUUAUCGAGCUCUGGGAUGCAUCGCUACAUGAAGUCCGCGCCACCGCCUGCGAGGUUAUUGCUAAGGGCAUCAUCGAGGCUGAGGAGGAUAUGCCCUAUCUUCUGCAGUCGGUCCUCCUAAAGCGAUAUUCCAUCAUGGUCGAUGGCGAAGCUACCCCUCCUGUCAAUGCCAUCGAAAAGGCUGUUGACCUGCAUGCUCUGCGUGUAAUAGGUUCUUCCGGUUACCAGAAAUGCAUCAACUACCUCUGGAAAGGUUGGCUAGUUCAGGACGAGAACGAUCCGGCUAGUUUCAUCGACUACAAGGGCCGUGAUAACAUCACUUUCCUGUCCCAUCUAGACCCAGACCGCAUGCGAGCUCCCAUCUACCAAAAUGCCUUCCAGCUGAUCAUGUCCAUCAUCUAUCUAGCUCUUUACACUGGUGCUAUCAACACCAUUAAUCCAGAUGGUGAUCUUGACUUUGUGGAAAUCCUUCUCUACGUCUUUACGUUCGGCUUCCUUUUUGAUGAGCUCACAAAGUUCUGGAAGGCCGGAUACCAUAUCUUGAGCUUCUGGAAUGCAUUUAACAACAUUCUCUAUGCGCUUUUGAUGGUUUCGCUUGCCAUGCGCCUGGUCGCCUUCAGUCAUUCUCCAGAAGAUAGCGAUAACCGCCAGAAAUUCAACCAGCUAUCGUACAACUUCCUCGCGUUCACGGCACCUAUGUUCUGGGCCCGUCUGCUACUUUAUAUGGACUCGUUCCGCUUCUUUGGCGCGAUGCUUGUCGUACUUAAAGUGAUGAUGAAGGAGAGCAUCAUUUUCUUUGCUCUACUGAUCGUCGUCAUCGUGGGUUUCCUCCAGGCUUUUAUCGGAAUGGACCAUGCCGACGAUAUGGCUGGUGAAGAUACUAUCUUCAUCCUACAAGCCAUGGCCAACGCCAUCAUGCAGAGCCCGGACUUUAGUGGCUUUGAGCGGUUUAGUCCACCAUUCGGGAUCAUUUUAUACUAUCUGUUUACUUUUGUGGUCAUGGUUAUCCUCCUGAACGUGCUCAUUGCACUCUACAACAGCGCCUACGAGGAUAUAUACGAAAAUGCCGACGACGAGUUCCUCGCGCUGUUCUCCCAAAAGACCAUGCAGUUCGUCCGCGCCCCCGACGAAAACGUCUUCAUCGCCCCCUUCAACCUCAUCGAGGUGUUCCUCCUUAUCAUCCCCUUCGAAUGGUGGAUGCCCAAGCAGCACUACGAACGGCUCAACGACAUCGUCAUGGGCAUCAUCUACUUCCCCCUCCUCUUCUGCUCCGCCCUCUUCGAGGUCAAGGUCGCCAAGGAGAUCCGCUCCAACCGCCGCAGAGGCGAGGACGACGACGACACGGAGGAGGAGUGGGAGCAGAUGGCCGCCGACGUCGACUUCGAGGCCGAGGGCUGGGCCAAGAAGGUCGCCGACACCAGGCCCAACAUCGAGGACGACCCCGCCACCGUCGAGGUCAGGUCCCUCAGGGGCGAGGUCGAGCAGCUGAAGUUUCUGAUCGAGAAGCUGAGCAAGGGGCUCAGUGACAAGGAGGCGGAGAAGGAGAGUUUGCUGUGAGAUGAGAUUGGA